CACUUGACUAAGAAAGGGGGCAGGCUGUAUUCAACUGUGCUCCCAUUCAUGCAGAGUGUAACGCAGUAACCGCCGACAGCCAGGCCGUGUCACAUCCUCGUCAAAACAGAAAGCUCUGCUCUCUCUGACUGACAGAAAGGUGACCCUGUGCAGUAAAAGCCACCAUGGCAGAAGCUCACCAGGCGGUGGCCUUCCAGUUCAGCGUUUCUCCGGAUGGCAUCGACGUACAGCUGUGCCACGAGGCUCUGCGCCAGAUCUACCUCUCUGGCCUCCACUCCUGGAAGAAAAGAUUCAUUCGCUUCAAGAAUGGGGUAAUGACUGGUGUGUACCCGGGCAGCCCUGGUGGGUUCAUGGUGGUGGUUGGGUCCUACAUGUCCUAUAAUAAAUAUCAUCAGCUUGAUCCCUCUCUGGGCUUGAUUGGCAAGCUGGGUCAACACAUACCCAUCAGUCAAUACAUUUCCGAAGACAACCAGAAGAUAGUCGGCGGGGUUCUGGUGGGCACGGGCCUGUGGGUCAGCAUAAUCAUGGUUAUGAGGAAUGUCCUGAAGAGCCUGUUGUCGUGGCACGGCUGGAUGCACGCUCGCCACGGUGCCGUGUCCUGGUCUACUCGUCUGUGGAUGUUAUUAGUGAAGGUGUUCUCUGGCAGGAAGCCAAUGCUCUACAGUUUCCAGAACUCCCUGCCCCGGCUUCCUGUGCCCAGUGUCAAGGACACCUGCAGACGGUACCUGGACUCAGUGCGCCCGCUGAUGGAGGAUGAGCAGUAUGAGCGCAUGGAGGGCUUGGCUAAUGACUUUGAGAAGAACCUGGGACCCCGAUUGCAGUGGUACCUCAAACUCAAGUCCUGGUGGGCCUCCAACUAUGUCAGUGACUGGUGGGAGGAGUAUAUUUACCUGAGAGGCCGUGGGCCCAUCAUGGUCAACAGUAACUAUUAUGCAAUGGACUUCCUGUAUGUGUUCCCCACCUCCAUCCAGGCUGCCAGGGCAGGUAACGCCAUCCACGCUAUCAUGCUGUACCGGAGGAAGCUGGACCGAGCCCAGAUCAAACCUAUUUACUUGCUGGCAAACAAGGUUCCUCUGUGUUCGGCUCAGUGGGAGGCGAUGUUUAACACCACACGCGUCCCAGGUUUGGAGACAGACAUCCUUCAGCACAUGAACGACAGCAAACACAUAGCUGUGUACCAUAAGGGCCGUUUCUUCAAGGUGUGGAUGUUUUAUGACGGGCGGCUGUUGUUGCCGCGGGAGAUAGAGCAGCAGAUGGAAAGGAUCUUGGCCGACACAUCUGAGCCGCUGCCAGGAGAGGAGCAGCUCGCCGCGCUGACCGCAGGGGACAGGACCCCGUGGGCCAAGGCUCGUGAAACCUACUUCGGUCGUGGUAAGAACAAGCAAUCUCUGGAUGUCAUCGAGAAGGCAGCUUUCUUCGUAACCCUCGAUGACACCGAGCAGCGCUACGAUGAAGCCAACCCCGUCAAGUCUCUGGACAGCUACGCCAAGUCCCUGCUCCACGGGAAGUGCUACGACAGGUGGUUUGAUAAAUCCUUCAACCUGAUAGUUUACAAGAACGGCACCAUGGGACUGAACGCAGAGCACUCCUGGGCUGAUGCUCCCAUCAUCGGCCAUCUGUGGGAGCAUGUUCUCUCCAUGGACCCUGUGAAGCUGGGAUAUACUGAGGAGGGUCACUGCUGCGGGGAGCCCCACCCCAACCUGCCAGGUCCUCUGAGGCUGUCAUGGGACAUCCCUGCUGAGUGCCAGGAGGUGGUGCAGAGCUCUCUGGCGGUCGCCAGGACUCUGGCUGACGAUGUGGACUCUCACAUUUUCCCCUUCAACAACUUUGGGAAGGGUCUGAUUAAGAAGUGCCGCACCAGCCCUGAUGCCUUCAUCCAGAUCGCUCUACAGCUGGCCCAUUUCAGGGACAAGAAGAAGUUCUGCCUGACAUACGAAGCCUCCAUGACCCGUUUGUUCCGUGAGGGCCGAACAGAAACGGUGCGCUCCUGCACCAUGGAAACUUGUGCCUUUGUUCGUGCCAUGGUCAGAGAUGAGACGAGAGAAGAGUGUCUGAAUUUGCUUAAACUGGCAGCAGAGAAGCAUCAAAACCUGUACCGUCUGGCAAUGACAGGAGGGGGAAUCGAUCGCCACCUGUUCUGUCUCUAUGUGGUGUCCAAGUACCUGGGAGAAGAGUCAGCCUUCCUCAAGGAGGUCCUGUCUGAGCCCUGGAGGCUGUCCACCAGUCAGACGCCUCUGCAGCAGCUGGAGCUGUUCGAUCUGGUCAGACACCCCGAGUAUGUGUCCUCCGGAGGGGGAUUCGGUCCAGUGGCUGAUGAUGGUUAUGGUGUGUCCUACAUCAUCGUUGGUGAGAACCUCAUCAACUUCCACAUCUCCAGCAAACACUCAAGCCCAGAAACAGACUCCCACCGUUUCGGCGGCAACAUCAAACAGGCCAUGCUUGACAUUCUGGACCUCUUCCAGCUCGACAAGAAAACCAAGUGAUUGUCCUCUCCAUGGGUGGAAGUAACAUUGUUUAGCAACAAAUGUAUUCUUCACGAAGAUUGUAUAUAAUAAAAUAUUGGAUUUUGGGUUAUUUUUAAGUUAAUUGAUGUUACAGAAAUACGGAUGAUUGAGAGGUAUUUGUGGAUAUGUCUCCGAGGCAUUUAUGUGUACUGUAUGUAAAGGCAAGGUGAGAUUGUGGUGAUAUUUGGUACAGGUAGUGCACAGAUCAAAGUUUUUAUUCACAGGACUGUUCGCACGGGUGCCUUAGAAACCCACUAAUGUAAAAAGGGCAGAAAGGGAGGGGCAAGUUAGAGCUCUAAUCUGAUUAUCACAUGAAGACACAUUUAAGUUAUAUGAUUGUUCAGGGGCAUCAUCCAAUAUUUAAAUCUGGUUUUAAGUUGACGGAUAGUGCAAUAGUUUUUGUUCCAAUUUGGAAAAUAUUUUAAUUGUUUUAGUUUUUUUGGCUUCUUCUGAUCUUUUCAAUCGCAGCACCUGAGUCAUGUGUAAACGGCCAAAACUUGACUUUGAAAUAUCACCAACAAAAUGCAUGCUGCAUGGUGUCCGUUAAUUUCACACACCCUAGAUUAGAAUGUCUGAUUUGCUAGGGCGAAAACUAUUUUUCGAUAUUUACGGAGACCAGAAGGAGUUAAACAGUUGAUCUAUGGUUAGCUUUCAUGGGGAGAGUGACUUUCUGAUCAAUGGAUCAACGUUGCCUUUCGGACAAUGUGUUUGUCCUUUUCAGCUGCUGUGAUUUUAUUAUGUAGCGCAAAGGCAGAUCAUAUUUGUGUGUGCUUGUUUUGUCAUUUUCAUUCUCAGGUUUUUCUAACUUGGCCUAGCGUUCUUGGGUGCUGGCUGCAUCAUUGGAUGACUCUUUUAUUAUGUGCAACACUAGAAGAAAUUGAGAUUUAGUAACAUUGUCAUGUGAGCCAGAGGAUCUGGUGUUUUAACGUGAAGGUUAAGCAGGAUGAUGACUGAUGGGCUCUGUGUGUGGCCGACAUUUAUAUUUUCUGUUGCUCGUGUUUAAAAAAGAGCGGGUUGACUGUACUUUUCACUCUGCACUUCAUGACUGGUCCUAUUAUCAGCAAAAAAAGUUGUCCAUUACAGCAUAGUGGUAUUUCAACCAUCAAUAGGAGGCUUAGAUUUGCUCAACAGAAUGUGUCUCCUGUGCAGUAGAACAUCUUUAUUUUAAGUAAUUGUUAGAAAAUGCCGAUGUAAAUGGGUUGUCUCAUAGAAAUGCUUUUCUGUUAUUAUGUAUAUGUUGUCAGUUUGUCACAUUAUUUAUUUUUUUCCCUGUUUUAACCCAUUUAUUCACAAUACAAACAUGAAUAUUUGCCAGGUGUAUGUGGCAAACGGUGAGCACUAAGUUAAAGCUUUUCUGAUUUAGGAAGUGGAAAAGACACACUGCUUCACAUGACUCUUUGCCAGUAUGUUGUAGUUGUAUGAAUUUAUAUCUCAGUAGACCUCAUGUUUACACUGCUGCAUGGUUUUUGAAGAAGAAGCUGUAUAUGUUUGCCUUUUAAUGAGAUAUGGCGUAAAAAACAAGCAGCUGAUAUACCAAAACAAGUUUUAACAAUAAAGUGAAUGUCAGACAGCUGCAUCA